AAGACAAGAAGGAAGAAGAGGAGGAGGAGGAAGGAGGAGGAGAGCGGGCCGGAGGGCGUCAGAUCCGGGGGCCCUGGCCCUGGCCUGGCCCGCUGCUGCUUGAUGCGGGCUGCUGCCCUGGCUCGAGUGCCAUGUCGUACCCUCAGGGCUACCUCUACCAGCCCUCGGCUUCCCUGGCCCUCUACUCCUGUCCGGCCUACAGCCCCAGCGUCCUCUCCGGACCCCGGACCGAUGAGCUGGGACGCUCCCCCUCCGGCUCGGCUUUCUCGCCCUACGCCGGAUCCACCGCCUUCAGCGCCGCUUCCCCGGGAUACAACUCCCACCUCCAGUACGGGGCAGACCCCGCCGCCGCAGCAGCAGCAGCCGCCUUCUCCUCCUACGUG